AUUGUUUGGGACUCAUAAUUAUACAUACAAAUGGAUGGAAUUGAAAUUGCUUCGGACCUAGAAAAAAAUAUUCCAAGAAAUUAUGGAAGUUCAACUUCAAAUCACGAUUCAGGAGUUCAAUUUGAUGAAAUUAAACAUAAUAAAAGUAAAAUAAAGCGAAAGAGAAAGAAGAAAAAUAAAAGUAAAUCAAAAAAUGUGAACAAUAUAGAAAUAAAUAGUGAGAAUGAUGAAGGAAUUUUGGAAAAUGAGUCCGAUAAAACAGAUGACAUUAUUAUUGAAUAUAUACCUGAAAUUCCAGAACUUGAUCCAUAUGAUCCAAAUUAUAGACACUUUCUUAAAGUGUUUAACAAUUUUAAGCUAACAUCAGAGGCUAUAAAUAAUCCAAAAGGUUAUGCAUCAAGAUUGAAUGAUCCUUUAGCAAAAUCACAUGAGUUUGUUAGAGUAAAUAAAUUAUCAAAUAUACAUCAAUUGAAAGAAGCUCCAGUAUUUGAAGAAAAAGAUGACGAUGAUGAUUUAUUGAAAAAGAAAAAAGAUUAUCCAACUAUUGAUGAAGAAGGGGAUGAAAAGCCUGAAAAACUAUCAAAGAAAAAGUGGAAAAAACUGAAUCGAUUGUCUGUUGCGGAAUUGAAGCAAUUAGUUAAGAGACCUGAUGUAGUCGAGAUGCAUGAUGUAACUUCCCAUGACCCCAAGUUACUGGUUACCUUAAAGGCUACUAAAAACACAGUUCCAGUUGCCAGACAUUGGUGCUAUAAGCGCAAAUACUUAGCUGGGAAGAGGGGGUUUGAAAAAUCUCCAUUUAACUUGCCUGAUUUUAUUAAGAAAACUGGGAUCAUGGAAAUGAGGCAAGCUCUCCAAGAAAAGGAGGAUCAUUCAUCCUUAAAAUCUAAAAUGAGAGCCAAAAUAAGACCUAAAAUGGGAAAAAUAGACAUAGAUUAUCAAAAGCUUCAUGACGCCUUCUUCAGGUGGCAAACUAAACCCAAAAUGACGAUUCAUGGAGAUCUGUACUUCGAAGGUAAAGAAUUAGAAUUACAACUGAGAGAAAAGAAGCCUGGAGAUUUAUCGGAUGCUCUAAGAGAAAGUCUGGGAAUGCCGACUGGAAUGGGUUGUGAGAAGGUUGCCCCACCUUGGCUCAUAGCUAUGCAACGUUAUGGCCCACCUCCAUCCUACCCUGAUCUCCGCAUUCAAGGACUCAACGCCCCUAUACCAGAGGGUUGUUCCUUUGGAUACCACAUGGGUGGGUGGGGUAAACCUCCCGUCGAUGAAUUUGGCAAUCCCCUCUAUGGAGAUGUUUUCAAUACCCGGGCUCACGAGUACAAAGGUGCCCCCGUGGAUGAAGAAGUUGAUAAAACCCCAUGGGGCGAACUUGAAUCUGGAAGCGAGGACGAAGAAGAAUCUAGUGAAGAUGAAGCUAUUAAGCUGCCCAACCAGAAUAUCGAAGGUGCCAAUAUGGGCGGACUGAUUACACCCUCUGAGCCUGGCUUGAUAACCCCUUCGGGUCUCGCCUCUACGCCCAUGAUAGGAAUUGGAGGAGGCUUACAGACACCAGAGGUGAUCGAGCUGAGGAAGAAAAAACAAACCAUAGAACAUGAAAUGGAGGCGGGGAGCGAAAUUCCCACACUAUACAAAGUUUUACCUCAAAAGGCGUCGUCAAACCCUAAUGCUGACUUUUUGGCAUCCUCCCAUGUCUACGAUAUGAGUUCGCUUAGCGUUCAAUCCGGUCUUCUCUCUUCCUCUCUGCUUACCCCUAACCCAUCAGGUCUAGCUUCUGUUCCUAGUGGAAUCAAAAGCGGUCUUCCAGGAGCUGUUGAAAUAUCGCUAGCCCCGGAAGAAUUAGAUCUUGUAAAUACACGUGACGCCUUGUCACAGCGUUAUGAAAGACAACUUAGGGCUAGUAAACAACAAGCCCAAGCCAGGAACGUUGGAAGCACAGGAUUAGGAACAGGUACAAUGUCUGGAACAACUUCUGGCAAGGCAGGGGCUGCUGGUGAUGAUGAAGAUGAUGAUGAUCUCUCCGACAUGGUAGCCCAACACGCUGCCAGGCAAAAGAAUAAAAGGAAAAAACAACAAGAAAAAGAAGUUAAAGCUAGUAACAAGAAAUAUAAAGAUUUCAAAUUUUAAAACAUUCGCCUGAUUUUAUUACAAUGUAGAUAUUCCUUGAAAUGAUUAACCAUUUUAUAUUUAUUCAUUUUUAUAUACAAUAAAGAAUUUAAUUUUUA